AUGGACCCUUUCAACCACCUCUCACAUUGCGGCAUCACCAUUACCGAGGAUGGCUCUUUGGCGGCUACCGUGGAGACCGGGGCCCCGGAGGCGAAGGAGACCGAAGAUUCAGAGGAAGCGCAGGACGCCCUAGGUCGGAAGAAACGCACAAGAUUCACCCGCGAGGAUGACGAAGAGCUGAAGCAGUGGAUGACGAACGCGAUGAAGGAAGGCAUACCCAUUACUGGGACAAAGGUUUUCGAGGACUUGGCCGCGGUGAAUGGCCGCCACUCUGCAGUGUCGUGGAAUUGGCGAUGGCUCCGCCAAUUCCGAUACCGUGCGGACCCUCAAUCGACCACCUUCGGCCGUGUCCUCGAAGACGAUCCUGGGCCUGAACCCAUGACAGCCCCUCCAGGGCACAUCCUUCCCGAUCGUCCCCGGGAUCCAAGCGGCUCUGGGGUCGAGGCUGCGAAUGCUGACAGUCCUCCACACGCCGGCCCACGGACCGCUUACCUGCCCCGAGAUCGGUGGGAGCAUGAUGGCUCUGCUAUACCGCCUCCACAUUUCCGCGCCUUGACACACCACUUACCCGACGGCAGAACAACCCGUGCGCACCUCAGAGCCGAAUCCGAGAAGACGCUUCGGCAAAUGUUACACCUCAACUCUUCGGCCGAGCUGGCCCGAUGGCUCGUGCAAGACUGGGUUCUUGAUGUCUAUGUCGAGUACGACGCUGCUGUGCUCCAACCAGUUAGCGAGAGAUUCGACGAUCGGGGCCGGGAAAUCCGGCGGUCGUGGUCCAAGUACACCAUCAACAACGCAAUGGAGGCACUCCGGCGCGUGAGCCCCAGAUAUCUACCCCGAGAAGUCGACAAGUCCGGCUGGAACCUGGACGACCAUGACAUCCGCUUCAUAGUCCGCCUUGUUGCCGCCGGCCGCGCUCCUGGCCGCUGGUGGGAGUCACAAACUUUAGACAGUGACCUGCCGGAUCUGUGUGCAACGGCGUACCGCCUUGCCGGCUGGUUGCGCUCGGUCCAUCGACAGACGACAGCCCUGGCUGAUCAAGGCCACCAGAUGCACCGCGCGAGAUGUUUUUGGUGGAUGGAACACUUGAGACGUGCAAGCCGAGAAGCUGGGUCUCUGGUUGACCUUCCUGCUGGCCGAGGCUUGCCGCGAAUGAGCGGCGCCUUCGGACCCGCUCGCUCAGGCCCCUCUGACACGCCAACAACUCUAAUCCUCGACGGCACCGACGAAGAAAGCUGCUAUUACACCGCGUCCGAAGGCGAGCAAAGCCAACCACGUCGUCACGCAGGCCCGCUUUCCGGCACAGACUCCUCUCGAUCAGCCGAGACCGAACCGCGGGAUCCAGACCUCCACGAGUGUUCAGAUGGCGUCGACUCAGCCAAUGACGACGAAGAGCAUUCUUGUGGAUCGGACUCGAGCUUCGGCGAAGCCAGCAACGGCGAGUCGUCCUUCGACUCUGCUUGUGCCGCCCUACGGUAUCCAGAACCGGCACAUCUCCCUCCACGGGUAUCUCGGAUAGAAAUUCCUCAAGUACCCGCGUACCCAAUCAGACUGGCGCCGCGCAAGGCGGCGACCGCGGACAAAUUCGAGAUAUGGGGAACAGAGGUUGGCCGCAACCGCUUUCUACGCGAACAGCAAAUUCUCCUGGCGUCCUGGGGGGUAACGCCAUUGCAGACCAGCGCGUGCGUCCUCGUCCCAAACAUGUGGUCGAACGCAGAUCCCGAACGUCUCUUGGAGCGUUUCGACCUCCAGAUGAUGCCUCCCAUCACGGCUCAACGCCUGGUUUUCACGAUGAAGGGUCGCACGAUGGCUUUUACGCGUGCCGCCGCUUGGUUCGCUGAGCCUCGACGUGGUAUUGACAUCGACAACUUUUUUGGUGACGGCCCGUACAUGCCCAUGCACGGCUCACACCGCUGUCACCAUCCACAUUGUGUCAAUCCCACUCACGCCGUCUAUGAUCCGGCCCAUGUCAACUGUGGUAGGGAGCGCUGUCGAAACGCUGCUCGAGAGUUUCGGCGGUAUGGCUUCGACGUUCCCGCGUUCUGCGACAGGCACGACCCCCCGUGCCUGAUGCAGCAAGCGGCUCUCACCACGCAAGAAGCGUACGUCAUCCAAUUCGUGAACCUUUGUCGAGCCAAAGAGAAGCCGCUCCCUUUCGAGGUUCCGCAGAAGCCUGUGAGCCAUGAGUUCUCGUCGUUCGAAACCCAGCUCCCAGUGUCUUUCUGCUCCUCUUCUCCUUCAAUGUCACCUCCAGACUUCGUCCGCGGUGCAGCCGACGCCAGCCUCCCUACUCAGCGGCCGCGAGGUCCUACAUUCUACUGUUCCUUCUGCAAAUCCCGGAGCUAUAGAUCUGUUGCCUCAUAUUGGGGCCACAUCCGAGACGAACACGGCCUCGAGUCGACUUCCGAGCGACUUGACGAGAUCCGCCGCGCCGGAGUUGUAUGGCGGGCGCAUCUCGAGGACCACAGACGGCGUGGACAUGGAGUGAGCCUCAACGAUCCGACUUGGGUAAAGCUACAACAAAUCCAGGAGCCCAAUUUCAGCUGGGGCGUGGUGGAAUCUUGGAAGCUCCGGGCUUGGCGGGAAAGAUAG